GGCCGGGCGGACAAGAUGCUGGGCUCGGCAGUUGUGGGCUGGGCCGUCGGCAAGUUCAUCUGCGCGAGGAACGGGCUCGCCAAGGAGUACUGCCAGCUCAAUAUCGUGCCUAUGCUCCUCAUGAUCCUCGCGAACGUCAUGGGCGGCGGCCCCAUGACAGCCAACCUGCUACCCGCAUGCUUCACUGCGGCAUAUGUCUAUGUCGGCUUCAUCGAGGACUGA